AUGCCCCCACCAAUGACUUCCCCAAUAUACCGCCAGCGCGCCCGCUUACGGGUUUCCAAAGCUUGCGACCGCUGUCGUUCCCAAAAAAUCAAGUGUAGUGGCACCUUCCCAUGCACAACAUGCUUAAAACACAAACGAGAAUGUAUCUACAACCAACCUGGAAUGGGAUUGUCCAAAAAUGGUGAAGGUUCCAUGCCUAACGGACCCCCCACGAUUCUCAACGCCCAGAUGGAAAAAGAGUUGCCGUAUCUCACUAAAACCGAUGACAAAACAUAUAUCCGGCACUUGGAGAAUCGACUCCAGUACCUCGAGUCGCGGCUCAGCUACGACGGGUCUCAAAUAUACAGUAGCAUGCGAGACGGUGAAACAGAAAAGGAGGAAACCAACCUUUUUUUGAAUCCUCUGUCAAAAUGGAGGUACUCCCAUCGCAACCAGGUACUUCUCGUUGACAGCUUGUGCAAGACCAUCUUCGAGACCCUUUCUCCCGAGAAUAAGGCCAAAGUACAACUCCCUCGGCCACAGUACUUUGGGUGGAACCUCAGUGGCACCCACUACUUGGGGAACGAUGAGUUGCCCGAACCGCCGUUUGUCAAGCUCCCCAACACCAUGGAGUUCUACACGGACUAUUUUUUCCGGGAAAUCAACCAGCUCUAUGCGUUGGUGCACGAGCCGGUAUUUAUUCAGCAACUCGCGACCUACUUGGAGAUGGCCGACAACCUGGAACGAACGUCACAGGCUCGGUUGUUCGAGGCCAUGUGGUACUUGAUGGUGGCCUUGAGCAUCCGGUUCACUGAGUUUGAGAAAAAACGGGAUUUGCUGCUCGAGGCCCUAGAAAUGGAAGAAAAGAUGUUCCGGUACGCUUACCGAGUGGUGAGCAUCUUGAGUUUCCAGUGGGAGUCGUUUGAAUUGAUCCAGUGUUGGCUCUUAAUCACCCUUUAUCUCCGGAUAACCCAUCGUCAAACCUCGUGCUUCUACUCGUUGGGAUAUGCCGUCACCAUGGCCAAAGCCAUGGGAAUUUCUCGAGACCUGCUGAGACAUCGGUUGUUAGGGACUCCGUACGAGGAGAUCAAGGCCCACCGAGUGUUCUGGGUGCUCUUCACGUUUGAGAGGCUCAUUGGCCUUCAGAAUGGGCGGUACGGCCUUAUCGGCCAGGACGAGGUGGAGAUCCCGUUCCCCCUGUAUGACUUCACGGCUGAAAAAACCAGAGAUAAUUGGAUCACACUCCCGUCCUUGGCCUUGAUCCACAUCGCCAAGCUUGCCACGUUUGUGCACACGUCCCGACUGGAGAAGUUGGAUCUCGUCAAGUACCAGCAGAUAAAUAAAGAGUUGGUAGGCUUGAAUGCGUGGUUGAACACCAAUGGCUUUUCGAUCAACGAGCUUUUCAAUGCCCCUGAUGAGAAGAUCAGCUCGCUCGUGAAAUCCCAGGUCAUGUUACACUACUAUGACUUGGUGCUAUGUAUCCACGGUAAGAUUUUAUUCAACUUUGUGGGUAGCCGGAUCGCAACCCCGGGUCUCAAGAUCGAAAUGGUGUUGGACUCGUGCAAAAACAUCUUGAGCGUGUUGGCCAAGGUCCACAAAGCCAACCUCCUCUUUGUGCCAUGGCACUUGACAUUGAUGUUGCUUUUCAACGUGGGGGUUAUUCUCUUGGUGCUCAUCAACGCUGGGUUGUAUCUCCCCACCGCCAGGAGCUUAUACUUCCAGACAACCCAAUUGUUGUUGGUGUUGAAGCGGGCCAACGUCAAGUCCAGUGACAAUAAGGUGCUUAUCAAGAGACGGUUCAAGAUGUCGGAAGAGUGUCUUUGGGCUUUGAAGACCACCAGCAAGAUGGUGACGUUGCGGUUCGAACAAGAUCUCCAGAACUUUGCUGCGAUUGGAACCGACCCAGGGUCGUCUGAAGUCAACCAGGCAACGUUCGACCAGUACGGGUUUGUCAAGGAGACGGAGGACGAGUUUAAAGAGGUUUCAAGAACGGGUAAACGUCGGAAAACCGAGGAGGUUGUACAACCAGUAGAAAACGUGCCCCACCACGCAUAUGCUGAUUUCUUCCCAAUGACAGGCACCAACUCCGACAAGAGUGAAUUCAAUGAGGAGCCUCUUCCGGGAGACCCUAGUUAUGUGAAGGCGGAUACUGCAAGUGCCGGGAUCUACAAUAAUCUUUUGUGGUUUGACCGAUGGUUUGACAGUAAUCUUGAUAAUGAGUCUAAUAUGCCACCACCAAGUGCGAGUACUGCCACCAGUAGCUCAGACAUUUAG